AUGAGCUGUGGGAGUGUGUGCCCCUGCCAUUUUAAAUGGCUUGUUGACACUCAGGGCUCUAAAAGAGACCCAAUAAACAGUGAAAAAGCAUGGCUAGAUUUUGCCGUGAGACUUUUGUCCAGAGAGGUGGUGGGAAAAGCUAGAGGUCAAGAAACUGUUUGGAGUGAGAGAUGCAAGCCUCAUUGGUGGGAUAAAGCAGUUGAGCUUCCAUGGAAGAAUCCAACUGCAAAUCCUAAGGAUACAAAGGAGGUUUUGCUGACAAAGUACACAGCUUUGGAAAGAAAAUUACGAGAGGAAGGAAGGUUUCCACAAGAGCUAGAAGAGGAGGCUAAGCUAUGGAAUGAGGGAAGGUACAAGGAGUUGUUUCUGCAGACAUCUUUAGCCAGUUUGCUAGGGAAGGUAAGUGGGGUUCAUACGGCUGCUAUUGAUGCAAUGGAAAAAGCCAAAGAGCUGAAGGCACAAGUGAAUCAGUCACUGGUGAAUGAUUUGCAGCAAUGCUUAUCUUCAACUCUUCAAGUCACCAACAACUUGAUCGUCAGUGGUUGUGAGGAAAUCAAACCAGCAAAGCGAUCAAGUCCUGGCAGUAACAAUAGUAACAGCAUUUUUGAAAAGAGGAGAAAGGUUGAGAGGGUUAUACUACCUCUAGACAAGCAAACAAUGUGCUCAACAGUCCCAGCAUCAUUUAAACCAUCACAGAAUAUUAAUUUACCAUCAAAAUUAACAGCAGACGAGAAAUGCCAGACAAGAACAAACUCAGUCAAAAGAUACAAGCAGAAAACCCAGAUUAAACCUCCCACUCAAACACCAACAUUGCAAAUCAUAGCCCCCACAGUAACAACUCUUGCCAACUCUCUGCAGCAGGCAGUUUCAACCAGUGGUCUUGGAUUUUCACAUGAAGAUAUCAACCAUCUUCUUUUGAGAAAUAUAAUUGUUUGCACCAAGCCUAUCUCAGAUGCAACCCCACACUUAACACCCGCAGCUGUCCUCUCCCAAACACAAGCUACAAAUGCCUUUAAAUUGUCGGUACACACAAACCCAUCCCUGAUUUCACCAGUACCUGUUAAAUGCAAUCUAACCUCACACAAAACAUCUGAAAACACAGACAUCUUGUUUAGCUCAGAAGUUUCAAAUACUAGCAACUUUCAUGCCAUCUCUGGAAAUACCCCCAAUUCUAAUACCCCUGAUAUAAAUUUUGUAUCAAGUUCAGCAGAAAACAAUUCAAACAACAAUGGUAAUAUUCCAGUUAUAAUUCAAGAUGUCCAUAAUACAAACUACACUGCUCAUUUCCCGUUAUUUGAUGAAGACGAUACAGAAAUCAGCACUACAUCAUCUCCUGUUAAUAAUGCAUCCUCUACAAGUUCAUCAGAUAGAGUAGCAAACAUGGGUAUUUCAGAUGGCUCAGAUCACAAUAUUUCUGAUACAGACUACAGCACAGAACACAGCAUGCUAGAGUGUAGUACAGACCACAGUAUGCUAGAAUAUAGCACAGAAAACAGCAUGUUAGAUUGUAGCACAGAACCAAAUAGGCUAGAAUAUAGCGCAGAACAUGGUGUGCUAAACUUGGAUGAUAUUUUUAGCCCCGAUGAACAAGAGCAGCUCUGGAAAGAAGAUGGCUCUUAUCUUCUGGAAAGAUUUCUUGAGGACUUAGGUGGGUCUGAACAAACAGUACUGCACAACUGUAUGACUGAAUUCAAACUGAAAUAUUAA